ACGAGUGUGAUAUGAAAGGGUGAGAGUGGGGUUUUCUGACUGACUUCCAUUUUGUGCCGCAGUAACUAUGCCACAUAAUGACAAGAGAAUAGCAAUGGUGUUUGUCUUAUGAAAGGGUGUUUGUCUCAUGCUAGAAGAAGGAUUCUUAGAAUAGACAAGGACUCAUGUUGUUAUUUUCAGUUUGUUAUAGACAAGGACUCGUGUUGUUAUUUUCAGUUUGUUAUAGACAAGGACUAAUGUUGUCAUUUUCAGUUAGAUAAGAUGUUUCAGAACCCCCGGAAUGUACCCACAUAUGGAUAGAUUGUGUUUUUAGUUUUGUAUAAAGGACGGGGAAUGUUAGGGGAAUUUCGGAAUCCACCUGAGACGCUAGCAGACGUGCUGCGUGUGAAUACCGAAUUUCUCCUUGAGACGAUCGUCUUGAGAUUCCCCGAUCCAGAGUGCUCAAGUGAUGCUACAAUAUUCGGUAAGAUAUUGAUGUAGUUUCUUGAUAUUAUGCCUAUAUUUAUGAUUAUGUAUUAAUACCUGACGAAAAUACUAUAAGAACUAAUAAAUUAUUUACUAUUGAGACAUAAAAGUGUUGUUUGUUUUGCUGCAUUAAAGUGUAAGCCUGUUCUGGGCAACAGUGAGCGCAGAAUGUAUUGAGCAAUCUCACACACCCUAGUUCUAUACAGCAAGACAUUUUUGGCGUAGUCGGCAGGAUUGUGUUUUAUUGUAUCUCGGCAUAGGAAACGUGUAGCGCAAAACUCUUUUGUACGGUGGAAGGUCCUGGCCAGACUGACUCCUGUGCAAAAUUUUGACAAUUGGCAAAUUGCCAACUUUUUGCCGAUCUACAAUAUAACAUAGUUUAAUCAGGAUGUUUUGCAAGAAAAAGAAGGGAACAGAACAGAUUACUGUUCCAGGAUGGACUGAGAGUCCAUAUAGUAUUAUAGCACGAGAGUUAUUAACGUCAGGUUUAGCAGAAUCAUGGGAUGGUAAACUCAAGAAUGCAGAACCCCUCGAUGUUGUAUAUGUACUUGAGGGGGUCCCUGCCAAGGCAGGUGAUGUAAUGGCGCUGGGAAGACGGUGCUGGAUACUAGUAUCAGCAUACCGUAAAAUGCACCAAAGAUAUCAGCAGUUACAAUCACAUUAUUUAGAUAUAGAACAAACAGUAAUUGACCAACAAGGAAAGAUAGGAUUGUUACAGUGCAGCAAUCAGAUGUUAUCAGAAAAAGCCCAGAAAUAUCAGAUUGUACGAGCAAUUAUUGCUUCUGCCGAUCUUCAAUGGGAUCCCGAUACAUGGGAUGGUGAUGUAUGGGAUAGUAGUAGUAAUGGGGAGGAGGGAGACGACAAGGGGGGAUGGGAUCCUCCCAAUCCUGUCAUUGACCCUCCUGGGGCAAAUGCUUGUCCUGUCUCGCGCAGGCAAUUAACUAAGGUUGCAGAAGGUGGAGGGCAGGCAGUCCUCAAAGAGAAAAUGAUACUGCAAGAUUUCACUCAAAAUGAAGUUCUGGAACUAUUGACCAAAUUUUCACAACGCCCCGGGGAAGGCGUCCUUACCUGGCUGGUCCGUUUGGUAGAGGAUGGCGCUGGAGGGGUUGAUGUAGAUAGACAAGAUGUUGCAAAAUUUGAAGCCUACUGCUCCUCCCGAGGAACAGUAAGAUUCAGAGGGUGAUGCAUAGGUAGCCAGCCAAGCCCCUGUAUGGAUUCGUCAUGAUGAGAGACCUUAUGUCAAAUUAGGAAUCCAUUGGUCACGGGGCAAUGUACAAGAGGUCCCCGCGUUAAUUGACACAGGGGCGGAGGCUACCCUAAUAUAUGGAAAUCCCAAUAGAUUUAAAGGACCCCGAAUUAAAAUUGCAGGGUUGGGGGGGUCGAGUAACUGAAGGGGUACAGGUGGAAAUACCUCUAAAAAUAGGAAAUUUACCUAUUAAGAAAUGCCGAGAACUAAUAGUACCCAUUAGAGAAUAUAUUAUAGGCAUUGAUGUUUUAAAAGGACUGACCCUUUAUUUAGAUACAGGAAAAUUUAGUUUUGGAGUCAGAAGUAAUUGUAUUCAGGCCAGACCUAUUGUGGUGAGAAAAGUAAAAAUGCCCCCAGUACAUGUCCCACCUGCAACUAAAUUAAUUGCAAUGAAACAAUAUUGUAUACCGGGGGGUCAUCAAGAAAUAAACAAAACCAUUAAAGAAUUAAUGGAUACAGGAGUGGUACGAUAUACCACUACUGCUUGGAAUAAUCCGGUAUGGCCAGUGAAAAAGAGCGAUGGCUCCUGGCGCAUGACUGUGGAUUAUAGAGAACUGGAAGAAUCACCAGUAAAAUGGGGUAAACCUUAUUCUGAGUUAAGCGACAAAUCUCAAUGUCACACAUGGUUUACAGAUGGAUCCGCACGUUAUGUUGCGGGAAGAAGAAAGUGGAGAUCAGUUGCCUUUAAUCCCUGCAUGUCUAAGACAUUAGAAAUAGAAGGGGAAGGAAAGAGUAGCCAAUAUGCCAAAUUAUUUGCAGUAUAUUUGGCCCUUAGACAGGAAAUUGGAGGUGAAUGUAAUAUUUAUACUGAUUCAUGGUCAGUAGCCAAUGGAUUAGCCACAUGGAUAAUGAGCUGGAAGAAACAUUAUUGGAAAAUUCAUGGGAAAGAGUUAUGGGGAAAGGAAGUCUGGGAGGACAUUGAAGUUAUCACUAAACAAACAAAAGUAACUGUAUUCCAUGUUGAUGCACAUGUACCAUUAGACUCACUUGAACGUUUGUUUAAUUCACAAGCAGAUGCACAAGCCGCCAUUGCUAAGUCAUCUCAUGAGCCAGUGGCAGGAGAGACGAAGGAAUUGGAAUCAUGGUUGUAGGGUACAGCCCUUUGGGCACACCAAAAGAGUGGACAUCUGGGAGAAAAGGCAACUUACAGAUUGUCGUGAGGCUCAGUCUUGGAAUCCUUGGAAUUGUAUUAUUGGUCGUCCCCUCUAGUACAUGGACAGCUGGAUUGAAGAUAGAGAAACGAGAGUUGCAUACUGUACGGUGGGGAUGGAACAAUGCCACCAUACCAAGAACCCAAGAUAAUUUCACUUGUCAGGCCAAUCAGCGCUGUACUAGUAUAGUAAAUAUAACAAUUUCAGGAACGAUGUGGGCUGGACCGCCUGAUCCACAAAGAAACAGAUAUCGACCUACAUUUGCCUUACAUCAGUCAGAAGGCAAUAUCACAAUUAAUGCUGCAGUAAAUAUAAGUUGCUGCUCCAAACCUUAUAGGUUCCGAUUUCUCCCUAAAGAAGAGAAGAAUAAAGAAUAUAAGAAUUGUUCUAAAUAAGGAGCAACCACAUUUCGGUUAGCUGUAAAAGACGUUUUAAUUUUGGUAUGUCAUAAUGCUACUGAAAUAAAAAAUCGAACGUGGUGGGCACAAGAUUUAAUGUUUAUUGAUAUCAAUGCAUCACGAAUCGAUAUUGGACAUGUUAAAAGAUUACCAUCUACAUGUGAAAAUGUAGGUACACAAGCUCAAAAGACUGUGUUAGUCACACAAGUUGUUUUCCCUCCCAAUAAUAGACAAUGUAUAUCCCGGCAACGACGUGCCUGGUAUGAUACAUUGUUGGGAGGAUAUGGGACUCUAACAGGAGUAUUAAAUGGGAUAGAUAUUGAAACAUUAGCCAAUAGGAUGCAUAGCGCCGGUAGUAAAUUAAAUGACGGACUUACAUUACAAGCAAAAUGGAUGCCUACUAUUUUUGAGCCAGCCAAAAUAUCGGCUGGAAUAGAUACUUUAAUGAACCAGCUAAUUAAUGCUAGUAAUGAUUUUGCUGUUGGAUUUGAUACCAACAUUACUAAAUUUAUAGAUUGGACCGUCUGUACACUACAGACUAUGUAUGAGCAACAACAAAAAGGCGUUAUGCAAACUAUGCUAAUGACCGGAAAUGAACAAGUAUGGAGAACAAUGUUUAAUACAAGUGUGUCCAGGGACGCUUGGAUACACUUGGAAGCUGCUAAAAUGAUUUGUAAUGACACCAUAUGCCAAGGUAUUUUAACUAUGUAUAAUGUAACCAAAGUUAUUCAAAUGUGUAAAUAUAUUGUAAUGCCUUUGUUGUUAGGACCAUCUGGUGGAGAAUGGUACUGGUUCCCCACUAUGAAAGGAGAAUAUAUAGAUGAGAAUAAUAGAACUCAUGAUUUGAGUAUUUGUACACCCACUUUACAAGGCAAGAUAUGUAGAGUACAAUCUGCAGUUUAUGAACCUUGCUUAUUAGAGAAUGGAGUAAAUUUAUGUAAAUGGAUAGUUUUACCUUUGUCAUAUACAAUGAUGAUGGAGGUAGCCCCACAAGAAGUAUGUUUGGUAACUGAUACACCAGCCAUACCUGGAAUGGUAGUUCAAUUUUCCGGAUGUAUUAGUAAUGUUAGUUCCUUAACCUGGGAAAAUUAGACAUUUAUAUUGUAUGCUGACCGUGAAGAACAUGUUACAAAAUAUUGGAGUCCACAAAAUUUAAGUAUUCCCCAAUGGGAUUUGAAGUUAGAUAAACUACAUACAAUUAUGAAACAAUCCAAAGUUAUUGAAGAUCAUAUCAAAUAUCUAAAUCAAUCUAUUGUAACUCAUCAAGUGACAACAACAAUAAUUGUUGAUCAAUUACAGAAAAUUGGUUCUGAUGUCCAGGAUGCAACUUCUCAUCAUUGGUGGGACUUGUUUACUGGAUAUUCUCCGUCUGCAUCCAAUAUGCUAAAUUUUCUGAUACAUCCUGUUCUCAUACUGUGUAUAAUAAUAAUAAUUUUAUUUAUUUGGAACUGUGUGGUAUUUUACCGCAUAUGUUGUAAACGACAAAAGGUUGUAAUGGCAAGUUAUGCGUUAUAAUUGGAAUCAGUCAAGGGCUGUUUGUGAUACGAGUGUGAUAUGAAAGGGUGAGAGUGGGGUUUUCUGACUGACUUCCAUUUUGUGCCGCAGUAACUAUGCCACAUAAUGACAAGAGAAUAGCAAGGGUGUUUGUCUUAUGAAAGGGUGUUUGUCUCAUGCUAGAAGAAGGAUUCUUAGAAUAGACAAGGACUCAUGUUGUUAUUUUCAGUUUGUUAUAGACAAGGACUCGUGUUGUUAUUUUCAGUUUGUUAUAGACAAGGACUAAUGUUGUCAUUUUCAGUUAGAUAAGAUGUUUCAGAACCCCCGGAAUGUACCCACAUAUGGAUAGAUUGUGUUUUUAGUUUUGUAUAAAGGACGGGGAAUGUUAGGGGAAUUUCGGAAUCCACCUGAGACGCUAGCAGACGUGCUGCGUGUGAAUACCGAAUUUCCCCUUGAGACGAUCGUCCUGAGAUUCCCCGAUCCAGAGUGCUCAAGUGAUGCUACAAUAUUCGGUCACUCCAUCAUGCCAUACUACGGUAAUCACAAUUACUAUCAUGGUCCAGGACACGGCCCUUACUACAACAACUUUCAUGGAAAUUCUUCAUCAUACUACCAUCAUUACCCACCUCAUGGCUUUGGACCUCAGCCACACUACAAUGGUCCACCUUAUUACCAUGGGUUUCAUUAGAAGAACAAGCCUGGUUGCAGCAUGAGUGGAUCUGGAUUUAAAUUGAGUUUGGACUAUCAGUGGAAAAAUGUUUCCAAAUCCGACUCUCCACCUGCACAGAUGUCCUGCUUAGCACUGAGCGCAGAUAUAACAGAUACGUGUGUAAUCACUUCCUUACCAACACUAUGAAAAUAAAUACCAUAAGUACUUUGUGUAUUUUCUGCUCUGCUCAUCAUUAUAUAAUAUUUACUGCACGCUAUAAAAUAUCAAAAUAAAAUUU